UUUUCUUAGUAGGAAAGAAAUAAUUUUGGAAUAGUUACAAUAAUUUUGUGUUAAAUAUUUCUAAAAAAGACAUAAUGUUUUUAUUUCGAAAAAGUGUUUCUUUUGCUACUACAAGUUAUUCGAAAAUAUCACUAUCAGGAAAUACGAGGGUUAGAUAUUUAAAAAUUAGUCCAUCAUGCCAUGAAAAUUCUGCUGCAAACAAAAAAAUUAGUAUACCAAAUCGAAUUAAAAGAAGUUCAACUGCGAUUUUGGAAGCACUAGCAUCUACAGUUGGUGAUGAUCCAACUGCAGCACAUUAUAAAUACCAUGAUGAUCCUUUUUUAAUACCAACUUCAAAUUUAACAAAGAAAACUUAUGCUAUGGCACAGGAAUCGGGAAGAAAAGCAGCUAGAUGGAUUAGAGAGGAACACAGGGAUUUAUUUAUGCAUAAAAAUGCAGAUCCACCAAUUCCGGCUUUUUUUCCAAAAAUGAUAUUUACCGAAGAAUCCGAAGUGGAUGAACAAUGUUUGCGAAAUUUGGUAAAUAAUUGUGAAACAAAUGAUGCUAUUUUUGUAUAUAAAUUAAUGAAAACGAAAAACAUAGAAAUAUCAAAUGAAAUGAAACAAGCUGUAUUAGAGCUUGUUUGUUUUUGUAACAAUGAAGACUUACAAUCUGAUGAAUUUCUUGAAGAAUAUUGGUUAAAGCAAGAAAGCUUACAAAAAGAAAGAAGUAGAAGAACAUGGAAAGAUGGGGAUAUAGCUGAACAAAUUUUCAAAGAAAUAGAACCAAAAACUUCUGAAACAUACUCUGCCAUUAUUCGUGGAAUGUGCAAAUAUUACCAAGCAGAAAGGGGUUAUGCAUUAUUUCAGGAAGCUUUAGAAAAACAAAUUCAAUUAGAUACUAAGACAUUUAAUGCUAUAAUAUCAGUUGCGAAUUUAUUGAAAGAUACAGCAGAUUUAAAAUGGGAACUAGUAAAAGAUAUAUUAAAACAAAUGAGUGAACAUAAUUUAAAACCAAAUUUGUACACUUUAAAUGCUACUUUGGCCACUAUAAGUUCUAUUGGAAAUUUACGUAUUGCUAGAAAUAGUGCUUUGAAAACUUUAUCUGAGUUUAAGAAACUUGGCAUAGAACCUUGCCUCGCAACUUGGUAUUAUGUACUUAUAAUAUUUUGUCGUGAAAGAGGACCAGUAUCACAUGUUAUCGUAGAUAUAUUAAAUGAAAUUCAACAUAAAGAGUUCACAAUACAAGAUCCCAAAGACACAUAUUUUUUUGCAACAGCCAUGGAUGUUUGCAGAAAUCAUUUACAUGAUAAAAUUUUGGCAAAGAGAGUAAAUGAACUUUUACAUGUUGGAAAUAACUAUGAUUUGAUAGGAGAUCCAAAUAAAGAAUCUAUAUAUUAUAGACAUUAUUUCGCUUUACUUUGUCAAACUGAACCUUUAGAAGAGUUUAUGAAAAUUUAUGAUCUUUUGGUUCCUAAUGUUUAUAUCCCAGAACCGGGAAUUAUGUCAGAAAUUUUAAAAGCACUUGAUGUUAAUGGUGGAUUACAGUAUAUUCCAAAAAUAUGGUCGGAUAUGGUAAUAUUUGAUCAUAUAAAUCGUGAAAGUUUGGUUACAAUGAUUUUGAAAAUGAUGGUUGAAAAUAAACCAAAUCCAGAAGACGUAUCCCAGCAAAACUUAACAGAAAAAUUUGGUGAAAUCGCUAUGGAUAUUUUUACAAAAAUAGAAGAACAAUCCGAAAAUGCGAAAAUAAAGAAAAGUGAUUUUACUGGAAAGCUAUUAGGUGAUAUUUUAAAACUAUUGUCGGAUUCUAAUCGUUGGGAAGAUGCACAAAAAGUUUUUAAAAAACUUGAUAAAAAUCAACAUUUAAUACCAGGUACACCAUCAUCGGAAUCAAUUGAAUCAUAUUUAGAUUUAUGUAUUAAAGAAAAAAAACCUAGUGAAGCAAUCAACUGUCUGGAAUAUGGUGCAGAAAAUGGUUUUGAUAGUUCAAAAAUAGCAAAAAAAAUACGCAACUCAUUUACAUUAAGUGAAAAUCACCAGAGAAAAGUUAGCAGGAUUCUUGAUGAAGAAUCUUCUGAUGAUGAGUAAGAGAAGAUGACAAAAAAUUUAGUUUAUAUUAGUUCUAUUGAAAAUUGUUUUAAAUUUUGUUACAAAAUAAUAAUUUUGUAUUUCUUAAGAAGAAAAUGCAAUAUAUUUUAUAUUUUAAAGAAUAAGUUUGUAUUGACAUAUUAAAUUUAAAGACAUA